UUCAAUUCAGUUUAGGCAUUGUUACAAAAUUGUAGCGGAAAGCUUAUUAGACAAUCUAAUAUGAUGAAUAAUCCGUGGCGGGAAAUGGGCUUUAUUGCCAAGCGAAGGCCAAAAGUUUAUCUGAAAAUUGUGCGGAUCAAGAAGCGCCUUAAGAAGGCCACAAAAAAAUUUAAAGAGGACCGAGAGAAACUGAUAGAGCUGAAAUUAAGAAAUCGCAUCAAGAAAUUGAUUAUCGAAGAGCUGGAAAAUAAACUGCAUCAAAAGGAAGCCAAGAGAAGAUUUAAAAAAUAAGAAAUCAUUAAAAGCAAUCAAAUUAUUUUAGGUAUAGAGUACUAAGAACAGUAGAACUAUAAGGGCACCAGUCGAAAUAAGCUACUAAAAUUCAAAAUUCCUUUAAAAAAUAACCACUGAAAUGCUCACAUUAACUCAAGGUGAACAAUAUAAGAUAUAUAUUUAAUAACUAUAUAAAAAUUUCAGCGGUUCUAAAACAAAUUUCAACUUUAAGUCAAAUCAAAGCCACUAGAAAGCCAAAUCAACGUCCUUUUUUUUCUUUUGCCACUGCACUCUGACUAUGAAAAUUUCAAAUAAACUUUCGUAGGGCAGCGACCACAAAAUCAUAUUCAAACUGCGCUCAAUGAAAAUCAAAGCCACUGGAAGAAUCAUCGCAUUGGAUACACACAAACGCAAUUUUUGGAAUCCUAGGCAAAAGGAAACUUGCACAGCAUUAAUAAAUAUUUACAGGCACGUCGCGUCCUUGUCGACGAAAUGGCCUACUGGGCAGUCUCAGUCUCAGUUCUGGCAAUGAAAUCAAAUCAAAUAUGCGCGCUGACGCUUUAUAUAUCGCGCCGAGGCGGCAGCCGGAUGGCUCGCUUUGGUGUGCUCACAAGAAUUUAAAUCAUCCGACUUACAUGCUACUUACAAGCCAAAGCGCCUAUAUGUAUGCGCCAUAAAAUGUGAGCAAGACUGAGAGCAGAAUGGGCAAGUGAAAAAGAUGAGAAGGCGGGCACUGAGCCAAAAACCAGGCUUAAGUAACAAUAAAUAGUAAGCUAUCUGAUAUUUGAAAUACAUUUCAUAAAAAAGUUGAUCUAAAAACAAAUAUAGAAACUAUAUACUUAAAUAAAAAAUAGUACUUACAUUUCGGAAAAUUAAGUUAGGUUUAAAAAAGGAGGCAACAGACAAUGAAAAUAAAUGAAAUUAUAAAAAGGAAAAUACCUGUGCUAAGUGCUAAGUGAUCAUUAUUUAUAAAGCAGUUAUAACAGAACAUAUUAACGAGGUUUUAGAGAUAAAUGAAAACUAAAAGAAACAAA